AUGCAACACGCUUCAAACUCACCAUGGCGAACAACUGCUCUCGAGCACCCCAAACCGCAAUUUAGUCUGCAACAUACCAUUUCCAUGGUCAACCUCCAGGCCGACCAGUCAUGGAAUUAUAAGAACCGCGGGCCGCCAUCUCCAACAGCCUCGUCGGCUUCGUCUUGCACUAGUCGAAGCGCGACUCCGACGACUACGAACAACAACCCGUGGUCAAAUGUCAUGGCUAGCCCAAGCUCUACGUAUUCCAGCAAGUCAAUAGACUCGUCGUCACCAGAUGGCAGCCCAAAUCAUACCCCGCAGUACACGAGUCGGUCAACGACGCCUAUUGCUCCCCAGCCAAUAAGGGUAAUCAAUCCGGUAGCAGGAUUUGCGCCCUUGUCUCCACCCCCAUCGACUUCCGGUGAGUCGUUUAGGAAUGGUGAUUAUCCGGGCUCGCCCAUGAACCCGUACCGACAGCCAGCUCCUCCUCUCGUGCCUUUGGUGAACGGCUUCAUCAACACAUCCAUCUUGUCUUCCCAAGGACAGUCUCUUUCUGGGUGGUUAUACGAGCAUGUUCGAAAGCAAGGUUGGGAUGCUGGACUGGUCAAGAAGAUAUGGCAGUGGACUCUGUCGAAUCCCAGGCUUGCCAUUCUCUUAUAUGUAUGCGACGAUGUUGCUUCGUGGCGACAGGCAUCCUUUUUCGAUCUUCGUGACGAGAGCCUGCCAUUCCCAGAGGAUCGUCUACAGGGCAUCGUGGGAAAUGCACGAAAGAUUGUAGAGGAGCAGUGGCGCGCUACCUCCAAGGAACUCCCGUUGAACGGAGCCCAUGUCGAAUACACCGCACGUGAGACAGUCCCACUAGUGCAUCAAGGUCUGAUCCGAUCAUCUCGCAACUCUGAAAAGAGCGUUGAUCGAGUUCGGAUGCAAGGUAGCAGCGAUGACCGUGUCUUGGUGCGAAAGCGAUUCGUCAUCGCUCGCCAGACGCAGAAAGCUGCAUUGCUGGACCAGGUGAACAAGUUCAAGCAGUACGAUCACAAGAAUAUUGCCAAGCUGCUCUGUUCAUAUUCACAACCCAGCCACGUAGGUAUCGUGACAGAAAAGGCACAAUACACCCUAGACGAGUUCCUAGCUCUUCCCGGCAGCGAUUCAAACCGAUCCAAGAUGCUGGUCGACUGGAUGCACGACCUCUCUUCUGCACUUGAGUAUCUUCAUUCGCAGUCCAUCUGCCACCGCAGCAUCCGGCCGCGCAAGAUUCUGAUAGACGGUGCCCGCAUCUUUCUAGCACCAUUCGAUAUCGGGCAAAACAUCGAUACAUUCAGCCCCAUAACGGCAAACUCGCAGCAUAUGGAUCAGUUGCACGCAUACUUCCAGGAUCAAUCUUACGUAUACGCUGCGCCCGAGACCAUUGUAUCACGGGGCAAGCGCAUGGCCGACGUAUUCUCCCUUGGCUGCGUAUUCCUCUCCAUGAUGACAGUAGCCCAGGGGCAAUCCCUCUCCGUAUUCGCGCAAUACAGAUCCGCGAAUACAGAUGAUGCAUCCUACCACCAGCACCUCGACCGUGUCGCCAGUUGGCGCAACAGACUGCACGCAGCCACAACAUCGCAUCUACGCAACGGGCUCAUCGGGUCUGGCCGCAAACUGCGCCAACUCAAGGCCGAAGCCGAAUGGCUCACACUCAUCGAGAAGAUGUUGCUGCCCCGUCCCAAAGAACGCAUUAAGAUGACGUCCGUGCUCAACAGCUUGAACAGCGGUCGUGCAACUGGCGGCCGGCGACGCAGCCUUGACUCCGGGGGCUACAGCGGUCAGGCCGCUGCCUCGCUAGGCAUUAACAAUAACGGCAGCAGCAACGGCAACAAUAACACGGCAACGCUAGUCGAUAUCUCAGAGCACCCUGCGCCCCCACCGACGCAAGCAAGGAAGCCCGAGCUCAGCGUCUUCGACGGCUACUUCCAGACGCAAACGCGGCGUUUGGAACCUGCUGGGGGGUGGUAG